GUUCGCCGGACGCGGUUGCUAAGCAACGCCAGCCGCAGUCCGUGGCGGCCAUCAUGCAUCCACGCGCAUUCUCCUUGCUUAGCGUUUCGCGCCACCUUUCGCGUUUCUCGCAUCGUGAGUUCUAUUCGUUCAUGUUCUGUGCAUCACAUCAUAUUCUAAUAUACCAGCGUUCGAUUUUACCCUUGAAAUUCUGCUAUUCUUAUAACUACUGCCGGUGUAGACGUUUCCUCAUGACGUAUUUAUCUUUUAUCAGUCUCCUCGGUUUAUGUGUUCGCUUCGAUUUCGUUAUAAAUUCGGAAUCGAGUGGCACGUUGAAGAUAUCGAGCAUGUAAUUGACUGCGGACAAAGUGUGGAUCGCUCUGAUAGACCGUGGGCCUGCAAUUGGUAAUGUACUGACGAUGAGGUGCUCGUGAAUGAUUGUAGCUCGAAGGAUAUUGUAUAAAAUCGGUGAAAGAUCGAUGUUUGCUUUUUAUUUCGAUUAGACGAAACUUCGAGAUCACGAUCACGCGGCCCGUGCGAUACUCUAAUCAUAGUCUUUAGGUGGAGAGUCAGAAUGAUUUUGAACAGCAGAAUUUUGCAUAUCGUUUCUGGAGCCAAACUUCCGGUUUAGAAAUUUAAUUAUUUCCUGCAUCGAACUGCUUACUUAUUACGAAAAAUAUAAAGUGGAAUCGUUUCGUGCAGAUAUUUCGUAAAUGCCAUUUACAUACGCAAUUCUCUUGCGUAGAAAAAAGUUCUCAAUGACGAACCACGUACGAUAUCCGGUCUUAAAAAAUGCUAUAUCUAUUGCUACAACACUAAACAUCGGAAGUAGAUAAAGUGAUGUAUAUAUGUAUACAGAAAUGACGUCAAAUGAUAGGCUCUCAAUUGAGAAAAUAACGAUAGCGAUAUGCAUAACUCGAAUCGAAAUUUGUUUUAUUAGAAUAUUUUCCACUAACGAUAAAAUUGUUAUUUUAACCCAAUUCCUCGCUGAUAUAUCGUUUUAUCAUCAUUUACGUUCUAUAAGAAUCAGAGAAAAUCGCGCAAUAACGUUCCAAUGAUAGACAAGACAAUUUAAAACUGUUGAAUAUGCAACGACGCUUUGAUACAGUUUUUAGAUAACACCAAGUAGAAUUGAUAAAACACUUUGCCUUGAAUUAGUUCAAUCGAUUUGUUCUACACGAGAUAGUGCCACGUCCCCUGGUAAUAUCGUAAAACGUUUUUCAUCGGCGAAUCGAUGUUUCUCAUAAAGAUGAUUAAAUUCCGUUGACGCUUCACGAACGAGUUCGAUUCUAUUAGCAUUCUUAACUUUCCAACAGUUAGGAAACUUGCGUCACUUGACGAACAUCGGUACAUAAUCCAAUUCAAACUCAAGCUUUUCAUUUUGGGUAUUAGAAAAAUGUAUCGUCCAUCGUUGGCGAAGGAUCGAGUCAAAUGUUCAUUGAACUCGAUCACGAAUUACGUGCAGUUGAUGUGCCCAUACGUUUUCAUCAGUCGUCUAAUGGGAUUUAUUCCGUACAAAAUCGUAUCAUCGAAAUUUGUGUACUCCAAACCGUACUUCGUUUACUCUACAAUUAUAUUCGUCAGUUACGUGACGUAUUUAGCUUUUUGCGUAUACAAAGUCAAUUUUCAUUACCGCGAGAUUUAUACAUUCAUUUUACACAGAAUGCACUUGACUUUUAACAUCAUUUUCGGUCUUGUGGUAAUCACCUCUGCUUACGCUUUGAAACGAUCAGUGUUACGUAUAAUCGAAAGAAUAUCUCAGAUUUCUCGAAUGCUUCCUCCGAAGAUGUUCUCCAGCUUGGCUAAGAAGAUGUACACGAAAGACGCGCUAAUGUUCUCCCUGUCCUUAAGCUUCACUCUGUAUGGUCUCUCAAGUUACACAAUACCACUGCUUUAUGCCGUUUGGAUUCCUUUCUUCGUGAUUCUCGUCAUAAAUACGCUGUAUACGAAUAACGUAUACGUGUUGGAAGCCUGCCUCAAGGAGAUAAACGACGUCCUCGUGAAGCUGAGGGAAAUUUUACUUAACGACGAGCCUCACUUGCUCAGGAGAGUUUAUCACUCGCAAAAGAAUCCCAUAUUACUGGCCGAGCUGAGGACGCUUAAGAAGCAGCACCUGGAGAUCAGCGAAAUCGUUAGAACGAUGGACUCAGCGUUUGGUGCGUCUAUUCUGACGAUAUUGAUCUUGUUAUUGAUCGACAUCUCGCUUAAUCUUUACGUAUAUCUUGUAAUGAUGAACCAAGGAGGCAGAAUCACAGAAUUGUUUUCCAUCAACUUGUUCUUCGUAUUUCAUCAUGUCUUAGAAGUAAUUUUAAUUAUUUGGGCAACCGAGAAGGCCAAGACUCAAGGUAAACGAAUUGGCUCGAAUAUCCAUCGAAUUAUUAUACACACGUAUGAUAAAGAGAUCACGGAUGAGUUGAAAUUGUUUUCGAUGCAAGUGUUACAAAAGGAGAUCACGUUCACAGCGAAAGGGCUUGUGUUAGAUGCGACUGUCCUGACUAAGGUAAAUUCGUGGAAGACUUUGAUCAAAGAGGUUUCUUUCUAUUUACAUGUUUUUUUCAGGCUGUGUGCAGCAUCACUACGUUCUUAUUAGUACUAAUACAAUUUCUGGUAAAACCUUGUUAGAACUCAAUAAAUACUUUAUGAAGACGAUCUAGUAGACUGUAUGAAUGAUAUAGUUUCUGCAAAUAUAGAUCGCUGCCUAAUUGUGUUGAAAGCAUUUUCAUAUCAUUCGCGUUCUACCUACUUUUCAUUAUCGAAUUACGCAAGUUCAAGAAGUCUUGAACUACGUCGACCGUAAAUUGAAAUUCUAACGAGAAGACAGAAAGAGUAGAAAAGUGGAAAUUUUUACAUGUCCAAUUUGCAGUCGUUAAUCUAUCCUUGUUCGGUCAUCUGUCCGUUACUCGGAUUUAUUUCAUACAAAUAUGAAUCAUUGAUGUAUAGAUGUACGAGUACUUUUUUGUUCGAUAAUAAUAAAAUGUGCGUACGAAGGUA